AGUGUGUAGCAGAGGGAGCCACACAAACACAAUUAUCUUGGCAUGAAGCGUGCAGUGACACUGCGAAACGCACUGCACUGAACUAAGACGAAAGACGGCGGACUUGACAGAGACAACAAACUCCUGACCUCCAAAACAGAGAAGGCUUCUGCCUGUUUAAAAACCCAAAACAACCUCACUUCUAUAACCAAAUACCUCUACCAGCCUUCCUUACAAUGCCCACAACAGGAGCUUCUGGAGAUCCAAAGCCUGAGGAUUACUCCACUGCUAUACUGAAACAGAAGAUUCGGCCGAAUCGACUCAUAGUGGAUGAAGCUGCCAAUGAGGACAACAGCAUUGUGUGCCUUUCACAGGCUAAAAUGGAGGAGCUGCAGAUGUUUCGUGGAGACACUGUGGUGUUACGUGGUCGGAAGCGAAGGCAGACAGUCUGCAUCGUUCUCACAGACGACACGUGUGCCAUUGAACGUGUGCGCAUGAACCGUGUCACCCGAAACAAUCUGCGUGUGCGUCUUGGUGAUGUCAUCAGUAUCCAUGCCUGUCCAGAUGUUAAAUAUGGGAAGCGCAUCCAUGUUCUACCCAUUGAUGACACCAUUGAAGGACUGACUGGCAACCUGUUUGAGGUUUUUCUAAAGCCUUAUUUCCUGGAGGCCUACCGGCCUGUUCAUAAAGAUGACAUUUUCUUGGUAAGAGGAGGUAUGAGGGCAGUGGAGUUUAAGGUGAUAGAAACAGACCCCACACCGCACUGCAUUGUUGCCCCAGAUACCAUUGUCCACUGCGACGGAGAGCCGAUCAAACGAGAGGAUGAGGAGGAGAGUCUGAAUGACAUUGGGUAUGAUGACAUCGGGGGUUGUCGUAAACAGCUGGCUCAGAUUAAAGAGAUGGUGGAGCUGCCACUCAGGCACCCUGGCCUGUUCAAAGCCAUUGGAGUGAAGCCUCCGAGGGGAAUUCUGCUGUAUGGCCCGCCCGGCACAGGCAAGACUCUGGUGGCUCGUGCUGUUGCUAACGAAACGGGAGCUUUCUUCUUUCUCAUCAAUGGGCCGGAAAUCAUGAGUAAGCUGGCAGGAGAAUCUGAGAGCAACCUACGAAAGGCCUUUGAGGAGGCCGAAAAAAAUGCCCCUGCAAUCAUCUUCAUUGAUGAAUUGGAUGCAAUUGCUCCAAAACGAGAGAAGACUCAUGGGGAGGUUGAACGAAGGAUCGUCUCUCAGCUGCUCACCCUGAUGGAUGGCCUGAAGCAGCGUGCUCAUGUUGUCGUCAUGGCAGCCACGAACCGACCCAACACUAUUGACCCCGCACUUCGCCGUUUUGGUCGGUUUGAUCGUGAGAUUGACAUUGGCAUCCCUGAUUCCACGGGCAGGCUGGAGAUUUUACAGAUUCAUACCAAAAACAUGAAGCUGUCAGAUGAUGUGGAUCUGGAAAAGAUUGCCAAUGAAACACAUGGGCAUGUGGGAGCAGAUAUGGCAGCUCUGUGUUCAGAGGCAGCACUUCAGGCCAUCCGCAAAAAGAUGAUCCUAAUUGAUCUGGAAGAUGACAGUAUUGAUGCGGACCUUCUCAACUCACUCGCCGUCACCAUGGAUGACUUUAAGUGGGCUCUGAGUCAGAGUAACCCAUCGGCUCUAAGGGAGACAAUAGCGGAGGUUCCUCAGGUAAACUGGGAGGACAUUGGAGGACUGGAUGAGGUGAAGAGAGAGUUACAGGAGCUUGUGCAGUAUCCGGUAGAGUACCCUGACAAGUUUCUAAAGUUUGGAAUGACUCCAUCUCGCGGGGUUCUGUUUUAUGGCCCGCCAGGUUGUGGAAAAACCCUACUAGCUAAAGCCAUUGCCAACGAGUGCCAGGCAAACUUUGUGUCUAUUAAAGGCCCAGAGAUGCUCACCAUGUGGUUUGGCGAAUCAGAGGCAAAUGUCAGAGACGUGUUUGAUAAGGCGCGACAGGCUGCCCCGUGCAUUCUGUUUUUUGAUGAGCUGGACUCCAUUGCUAAAGCACGAGGGGGCGGUGCUGGGGAUGCAGGGGGUGCGGCCGACAGGGUCAUUAACCAGAUUCUGACAGAAAUGGAUGGGAUGAGCGACAAGAAGAAUGUCUUUAUCAUUGGUGCCACCAACAGGCCUGAUAUCAUUGAUCCUGCCAUCCUGAGGCCUGGUCGAUUAGAUCAGUUGAUUUAUAUCCCUCUCCCUGACAUGCUCUCCCGCAGUGCCAUCCUAAGAGCCAACCUCCGCAAGUCCCCUAUCGCUAAGGAUGUAGACCUGGCAUAUCUGUCUCGGAUAACAGAAGGCUUCUCAGGAGCAGACCUGACUGAGAUCUGUCAGAGAGCCUGUAAACUUGCCAUAAGAGAAGCUAUAGAGGCAGAGAUUCGUGUUGAAAGACAGCGGCAGGCCGGGAAAGAAACCGCUAUGGAUGAUGAUUAUGACCCAGUGCCUGAGAUCAGAAAGGAUCAUUUUGAAGAAGCCAUGAGAUUUGCUCGUCGGUCAGUCAGUGACAAUGACAUACGCAAGUAUGAGAUGUUCGCUCAGACUUUGCAGCAGAGCCGUGGAUUUGGCAACUUUAGGUUUCCCACAGCACCUCAGUCAGGUGGAGGUCAGGGGUCAGGCCAAGGCUCUGGAGUUAUGGUGGCCACGCAGGAGCAGAUGAAUCUUGCGAUGGUCCCGGUGGAGCAGCGGGAUUACUGUGCCCAUCACCUGCUCAAACUCAUGAAGUGCAAGAGGGACAACUUUCCCAAUUUUCUCGCCUGCAAGCACGAAAGACAUGACUGGGACUACUGUCAGCAUCAGGACUAUGUGAUGAGGAUGAAAGAGUACGAGCGAGAGAGAAGACUCAACCUGAGGAAGAAGAGGCUCGAGGCACAGGCAGCAUAAAGAUUCAAUUCUCCCUUUUCACCCCAUCACUUUCUUCCUGUUUCUGCUGUGUAUAUAAAUAGCUCUCUCAAAAAUAAAGAGUAUCUCAUGAGAA